GGGAUCUGACCACAUCGCGCACACACGCCCUCCCCGUCGCCCAACCACGUCGGGGCUCUCGCCGGAACGGAAACCUUGCCGCCGGCAGCCUUCCUCUCCACCCGCACCGCGCACGCUCAAUCCUCUCUACCCCCUCCUCCCCCCCGCCGCCCCCGAAUCCAUCCUCCACGCGACCGCCCCCGCCGUCUCCCCCGCCGGACUCGCCGCGCCGCCCCUGUCCACGCCUCCUCCCGAGGUGUCGAGCGGGGCAAAUGGCGCAGAUCCCGAACCUCGACAACUCGCCGCUCAAUCUCACUGCCCUCAGGGAGCAGUCACAGAAGGACCUACUCAACAUAGUCAAGAGUAUUAGGGGGAAGAAGUGCCUUGUCAUCGAUCCCAAGCUCGCCGGCACCCUCUCGCUGAUCCUGCAGACCUCCGUGCUCAAGGAAUAUGGCGCGGAGCUGCGGAUCCUGUCUGCUGACCCGCUGCAGACGGAGUGCCCUAAAGUGGUGUAUCUUGUUCGCUCGCAACCCAACUACAUGAAAUUUGUUGCGAAUCAAAUUAAGAGCGACGAACCCAAAGGGCUACAGAGGGAAUAUUUUCUAUAUUUUGUACCACGCCGUACAGUUGCUUGUGAGAAGAUUUUGGAGGAAGAGAAAGUUCACCAAAAGUUAACAAUUGGAGAAUAUCCCUUGUAUCUAGUUCCGUUGGAUGAGGAUGUCCUUUCUUUUGAGCUAGACUAUUCCUUGCAGGAAUGCCUUAUUGAAGGAGAUACUAGUUCUGUCUGGCACGUUGCAAAAGCUAUUCAUAAGCUAGAGUUUGCCUUUGGAGUUAUCCCCAAUAUUAGGGCCAAGGGCUUAGCAUCAUUCAAAGCUGCAGAGUUGCUGAACAAUAUGCAGCUUGAAGAUCCUGUCAACAUGGAUAAUAUGGGGAUGCCAGAGAUAGACACCCUCAUUUUGCUAGACAGAGAGGUGGAUAUGGUGACACCGAUGUGUUCUCAGUUGACGUACGAAGGUCUAUUGGACGAGAUGUUGGAAAUUCACAACGGAACCGUGGAAGUCGAUUCGAGCAUUAUGGGGGCCCAACAAGAUGGGAAAAAGGUCAAGGUUCCACUCAAUUCAAGUGAUAAGUUGUACAAGGAGAUUCGAGACCUCAACUUGCAUGUUGUAGUUCAGGUUGUGCGCCAAAAGGCAACAUCUAUUCAGCAAGAUUAUGCAGAAGUAAAAUCCACCAAUACACAGUCGGUUUCUGAGCUGAAGGAUUUUGUGAAGAGGUUACACUCGCUACCGGAGAUAGCCAGGCAUGUUAAUUUGGCACAACAUUUGCAAUCAUUUGCGGCAAAACCCUCAUUUCAUGCCCGAGUAGAGAUUGAACAAAUAAUAUUGGAGGUGGAGAACUAUGAAACGUGUUUCGAGUACAUUGAAGAUAUAAUACAGAAGCAAGAACCUAUUGAAACUGUUCUUCGCCUUCUAGUGUUAUUCUCCCUUACAAAUGCUGGGUUACCAAAGAAGAAUUUUGACUACUUGAGGAGGGAAAUACUGCAUAGUUAUGGCUUUGAGCAUAUGUCCUUGCUAUACAAUCUGGAAAAAGCUGGCCUGGUUAAGAGGCAGGAAUCGAGGAGUAAUUGGGUUGGUAUUAGCAGAGCUCUGCAGCUUAUAGUUGAUAUAAAGGAUCCUGAAAAGCCUGAUGAUAUAUCAUACAUCUUUUCUGGAUAUGCCCCUCUUAGCAUUCGCCUCGUUCAGCAUGCAGUGAGGUCUGGAUGGCGAACUAUGGAAGAUCUGUUAAAAUUAUUGCCAGGUCCACAUCUGGAUUUGAAAAGAGGUGUUUCGUCCAUUAGUUCUUCAUCGGAAGUACUCCCAGGUUCUGUGGGACAACAGAGUACCGACCGGGUUGGUCAUCGCUCCCUGGUUCUGGUUGUAUUUAUUGGUGGUGUAACAUCUGCUGAGAUUGCUGCACUUCGAUUUCUUAGUGCGCAGGAAGGGAUGGGCUAUGAUUUCCUGGUUGCAACUACGAAGGUUAUCACUGGCAACACGUUGCUGAGACCAAUUAUAGCCAGCAGCAAAGAGGGAAUGAUUUGAUCGUAUUUGUUGUGCAUAUCCGUUUUUUGAUUGUACAAAGCAGCUCACACUCUGAGCCCCAGAGGGAUUUCCAUCUUUAGUUCUGACGCUGUUAUUCUGAGUGGAAACUUUGAGGCCCGCGGUCUUCUGUCCAUCAGAUGAGCCUCGUUUUUCUGUGAGGUACUGCAGACAGUGUAUAUAUUUAUAUCUCCUGUACAAAUUGGGCUGAAUUAAUGAACGCAUUAGUGCUAGAUGGA